ACUCCCAUAAUUUCACUCCACAACCAUGGACCAAGACGACAUGAGCAUUGAAGACUAUGUUGGCUGGCUGGAAAACCAUUUCUCAAAGGCCAACAUUUGCGAUUUGUACGAAGAGUAUGGAAUUGACCGCCCCGAGAGUUCAGGUGUAAAAGACGAUGAUGAACACGAAAUUGUGCCCAACAAAGACAACCUGCCAAUCGAGUGCAAGCUUUGUGGUGAAGAGACUUACAAAAGUGAAGAUCAUGCAAUUAGCGUGUUGCCAUGCGGAGAUGUAUUUGGAUUUUCAUGCAUCUUUUUGGCGGUGGAAAAAGAGAAAAAGUGCCCCAAAUGCAAUGCGCAUUUCGAUACUGAGGACAUAAUCACACUGCAGUUUGGAGAUGAUUAGAGUAACAAUAAACGGGGGACUAGCUUCUUCUCCCUUACUGCCGCCAAUCUUUGAGCGCCGUUGAUGUUUUUCGUCUUGCAUUUGUCGUCUAUGGUCAUUCGAUGUUAUCUUAGGAUGUCUAAUUCACCUCCAUUUC